AGAAACCGUCCCCCUUUUAAAUGUUUGAACUCGGGGCGCGAGGACAGAGCUGGGCUGCGCCUGCGCGUCCUUGGCUUUGCCUCAGUCCCCAUCAGAAACUGCUUUUUUCACAGCCUCCUUUAUUUGGGCGGCUUUGUUUUGUGAUUUGGGUCUGAGGCGGAGAAAGUGCGUGGAGGAAUUUUCGGGCGAGGGGCAGCCAGAGCAGGGCUUGGUACCUUCGUAGAGACCUGAGGAAGUUGGGGGGUCGACUUCUGAGAGAAAAGGGGUGCUUUAGGUCCCCCUUCAAAAUACCAGGGGUGCUUUUGACCCCUUCCUAACACAAAAAGCAGCUUUUUUUUGUUUUACUGACAAUGAGAAGAAGAAAUUAACCAACCUGCUUAUCCCAUCAAGAGAAGGAGAGGGAUGCUUAAACUCUCUGUUUAAGAAGCGACUCAUUGACACAAAGGGUUGUGGGUGGGUUGCGCUAGAAUAAUUUGCUGAGCCCUUCUGAAAAUAAAAAGACCCACAAAAAAGAAGGAAGGAAGGAAGGAAGGAGAAGAAAGAAAAAGAAAGAAAGAAAGAAAGAAAGAAAAAGAAAGAAGCCUGAGGGAAAGGAUACUUCAUUUUCUACUCUGGUCACAUCCCCAAAGGAAGAGGGGCCCUGGGCAGAAGUUUGGAUGGUAAUAUCCAGAAGAUAAGAGCAAGAGUUAAAGCGGAGAGCCAUUGCUCACACACCCCACACAAGAAGUACUCUGACCCCCAUAACAAGAGGGGAAUAAAAAUUGUGAAUAGGACGUAGUUUUCUGUGACGAGAGGGCGAGCACAGAUUAUGGGUCCCAUGACAUGAAGAUGCAGCUGUGGUCCUUUUAUAAGAGUGGAGUUCAUAGGGAAAAGUUUGGCCACGGACACACAUGACCAAGAACAGCACAAAACAGGAGGUGCUUUGACUCCUGAUGAAAGAGAGCCACAGAUACAGAUGGAUAGGCCAUUUGACCCAACCCAUGCCAAGAGGGAGAGAGCUGUAAACCCCCCCAUGAUAACUGGGACUAAUACAACUACAUGAGAAGCAAAGGAUAAUAAAGAGGGAAUCUGGCCGCAAGAGAAGCCCAGCGUUAAAAGAGGGCCUAAGUGAAUAUACAAUACUCCUUGGAGACAGUGGUGUUUCAUCAUGGAGAAUGACCACACCACCAUGCUGUUUUUGAUUAUGGGAGGUGGCACCUUGUUGCUGGCAACUGAGGUCAGGGCAGUGACUCGCAGCCUUGUGGGCCAUCUAGAGCUGCAGCUCUUCCUGCUGGAGAUGUUGGCCACUUUCCAGUUGUGUGCUUGCUUUGGUAUGCUGCAUCCUCUGGCUCAGCUGGAGAACCAUACCCAGCUCUAUCUUGGCCACCUUUAUUCUUUCCUCACUAUGCAUUUCCUCUUGACCUUAAGUGAGAGCAUAAGCAAUCCCACCUGCAUCCUGCUAGACAUCUUGCAGAAGGGCAUCUCAAUGAAGCAAGGCGGGCUGAAGAUUGUGGCCCAGUUCAUUGGGGCCUUUCUAGCCAAACUGUACCAAAAUGCUGUCUGGUUUGUAGGGAUCAGCAAUUUAUUCCCUCAUCCCCAGGAAUGUAGCAAUCCUCUCAAGACGUAUUUUUUAAAGGCCCUUUGCACAGAGCUUGUAACCUCCAUCACAUUCCAGUUUACUGUGCUGGAGUCGCAAUCGCAAGAGAUCCGUGUCAGAGCUAAUGUGCUUUCCCUCACCAUCACCUCGCUGGUGUAUGCAGGUCUGUUGCCCCUUCUGUCUCUUGUCUGAAAAAACGGCUGGCAAGGUUAUAUGUGUGAAACAUAUACAGUACUUACCAUCUAAGGAGUUGUCAAGGUGGGAAUAUGUCUGAACAAUCACCAUAAAAAGAUGGCCUGUGGCAAGGUAAAGGGGACUCCUGACCGUUAGGUCCAGUCGUGACCGACUCUAGGGUUGCGGUGCUCAUCUUGCUUUACUGGCUGAGGGAGCCGGCGUACAGCUUCCGGGUCGUGUGGCCAGCAUGACUAAGCCGCUUCUGGCGAACCAGAGCAGCUCACAGAAACACCGUUUACCUUCCCGCUGGAGUGGUACCUAUUUAUCUACUUGCACUUUGACAUGCUUUCGAACUGCUAGGUGGGCAGGAGCAGGGACCGAGCAAUGGGAGCUCACCCUGUUGCGGGGAUUUGAACCGCUGACCUUCCGAUCGGCAAGCCCUAGGCUCUGUGGUUUAGACUACAGCGUGCUACCCCUAAUCUUCUUUCACGUGUCCCCUGCUGAUUGUCUCUGUCCCUGCUUCCUCAAGUUAUAGAAUCUUAGAGUUGGAAGGGACCAAGGGUCAUCUAGUCCAACCCUAGUCCCAUAUAGCCACACUCUUUUGUGUGUUUGUUGUUCACCUCUAUAUGCUCACAUGAUCAUGGGGUUGAAGCAAUGCCCUAUGGAGAAAAGUUACAACAUUUAGGGCUCUGGGGGAGGCAAUUAAGGGCAGACAUGAUAGACAUGUAAAUAAUGAUGCAAGGUGUGGAAAAAGUGGACGGAGAUGCUUUUCUCCCUCUCAUAAUAUUGGAACCUGUGGUCAUCUGAGAAAACUGAAUCCCACUUUAAAGUUACCCACCCAUCACUACAUCUUAUGGUAGUGAAUUUCAUAGUUUGUGCUGUAUGAAGAAGUAUUCCUUUCUCCUGAAUCUUCCAGCAUUCAACUUGGUUGGAUGUUCCUGAGUUCUAGCAUUAUGAGAGCAUGAGAAACACUUUUUAUAUCCACUUUCUCCAUGCCAUGUAUAAUUUUAUACACCUCUUAUCAAGGGACCAUUUAGCCCUUUUUUCUAAACUAAAAAGACCCAAAUGUUGUAACCUUUUAUCACAGGGGAGCUUUUCCGGCAGCCUCCUGAUAAUUUGAGUGGCUCUCUCCUACAUGUUUUUCCAUGUUCUCCUGUUUCCAUAGUGGUUUGCACAUGUCUCUGGGAAAGUGUCAUAGAAUGAAUCUAGCUAGGCAUGGAAAAUCAUAUAUAGAGAUGGGAAACCCCACACACUUUCAAAGUGGCUUGGCUUCAUUUAGCUUUUUAAAUAUUUUUUGAACGUUGAAAAAACUGACAUAUUGUAACUUUUUGCAACUUUGGCAGCAAGAGCUACAAAUGUUUUUAUCAUGGUUCUUGAAGAAUCUAAUUUCUUUUAACAGGUCAGAAGGCUGAUAGAAACAUACUGCUAUUAGUUUAAAUGAAGGGACCAAUUCAUACAACAUAUUUUCUGUUGGUGUGAACAAUCCUAAUUGUCUUCAAGAUCAUGACACAAUUUAAUGAAUGAACUGGGCAAUCAUUAAUAUGCUCGGAAAAAUUAUUGUCACUGAGACAUUUCUCCUAGCCACUAUAAUUAAGGGAAUUGUCCAUAUCUGUGAUUGCUAGUUCAUACAUGGUCUAAACCACUGAGCCUCUUGGGCUUGCCGAUGAGAAGGUCGGCGGUUCGAAUCCCCACGAUAGGGUGAGCGCCCAUUGCUCAGUCCCAGCUCCUGCCAACCUAGCAGUUCAAAAGCACACCAAAAAAAGAAAAGAAAAAAAGUGCAAGUAGAUAAAUAGUUACCGCUCUGGCGGGAAGGUAAACAACGUUUCUGUGUGCUGCUCUGGUUUCAGAAGCGGCUUAGUAACGCUGACCACAUGACCCGGAAAAACUGUCUGCGGACAAACGCCGGCUCCCUCGGCUAAUAAGCAAGAUGAGUGCCGCAACCCCAGAGUUAUCCGCGACUGAACUUAACUGUCAGGGGUCCUUUACCUUUACCUUUUUUAUGAUGUAUGAAUUGAAUACCCAGUGAUGGUGGAGACCUCUCAUCAUCAAAAAUGUAUCAUGAAAAUGUGAAGUCUCUGUCACUUUGAUGGAAAAUCCUGUACAUGGUGAAAUGGGUGAAUCUCAAAAGGUCAGAAAUUAUAUGAAAAAACUUACGUCACAAUUAUUGUUAAUUUUACUGGGGCAGGGAAGGAAAUACAAAGCUGGUUGAUUUAUUAGGGACUGAGGCUGCAAUCUUAUACUGUACCUGCUUAAUGGGGAGUAAGCUCCAUUUAACUCAAUGGGAUGAAGCCCUAUGCCAGCAGCUAGCCAGUUCAGGCACUGGCCGAGUGCCCCAGGGACUUGGAAAGGUCUCUCACUGUCCUGAACCAACCACACUUCCAUUCACCACGUUUCCUGCCAGGCAUCCAAUGCUUUUCAGUGGUGCCACUUUUGAAUGGGAGCCAAGUGCAAUUUAAUUUCAUUUAUUUUCAUUUAUUAGACUUAUUAGUCACUUGUCACCCCAAAGUGGUCUCCAAGCACCUUACAGCAUAAAAAGGAUAUGCAGUACAUAAGAACAUAGGGGAAAAUCAGGGGUGGGGAUCAUAUAAUACCUUAGUAUUUCAUAUAACAUCCGGGGGGGGGGGGGACACCACCAGCCGCAUAAAUAGAGGUGAACAACAUUACCAAUACUCAAAUAAUAAAACAAUACUCUAACCCACUGAUUAGCAAAUAAAUAAAAUCUUAACCUCCCCCUUCUCCAAAAAGCAUUCACAUUGAAGCAACAUUCCCCGCCCCAUUUAACCUCCAGCUGUUACAUAUCCAUGGUGAGUGGGUCCAUUGUCCCCCAAGAAUGGUCCAGCCUCUCUCCCCUCCCUCUAGGGGAGAGGAGCAGCAAAGCAAGAAGAUGGUAACAAAAGUAUUGCCUGCUUUGCAGUUGACCCUCUGCUGUUGGCGGGGAUGCUGUUUCCAUCUGCAGUGGCUAUCCACCAAUUUAAGUUAUCCAAAAUGCCAUGCCCAGGCUCCAUGGGCGUAGCUGUGGGGAGGCGGGGGCAGCUGCCCCCCCAAUCAAAUACUUAACUAAGUGACCAAUUGCAUUGCAGAUAACUCGGUUCUGCCCCCCCAAAAGCUUUCCCCCCUAAAAUAAAUCCUGGCUACGCCCAUGCCUGGUUCCCAGUAAGAUGGCAGGUGAUCAGUGGUCACUGACCACCGUGGAAAGGAGCCAGGCAUGAUCUGCACUGGCUACCAAUUAGUUUCCGGGCCCAAUUCAAAGUGCUGGUUUUGACCUAUAACGCCUUAAACGGCUCAGGACCACAGUACUUCAAGGCUUGCCUCUUUUAACAUGAACCUCUCCGGACCCUGAGAUCAUCUUCUGAGGCCCUUCUUCAUGUGCCUCCUCCCUGAGAGGUCCGGAGGGUGGCAACACAAGAACGGGCCUUCUCUCCAGUGGCUCCCCAUCUGUAGAAUGCUCUCCUCAGGAAAGUUCGCCUGGAGCCUUCAUUAUACACUUUUGGGUGCCAGGCAAAAACAUUCCUUUUUAACUUGGCCUUUGGUUGACCUGAUUGGCAUCCUAUGCCCUUUUAAAAUGUGGGGUUUCUUGGGGGGGUGUUAUUGAGUUGUUGUUUUGAUUAUAUAUUUUGUAGUUUUAUAUUUUGAUUUUGUUAUGUGAACUGCCGUGAGAUCUCCGGGUAUAGAAAUUCUAUUAUUAUUAUUAUUAUUAUUAUUAAACCUCCCAUUCAAAAGCUCCACGGCUGAAGCCUAUCCAGCGACCAGGUGGCAGAAGAAGAAUGUGAGUGCUGCCACUCUGUGGCCCAACCAGGGCAAAGAACCAGCCCUCCUUGCGGGGCUGGAAGGCCCAUCACUGGCCCAGAAGUGCAAAACUAGCCCUGAGCGUUUGCUCAGAACAUAGAACACCUCUGAGGUCAUCCAGCCUUGUCAUAUGUAAUAUCUGGAUAAAAGGAAACAUAAUAUAACAGAAAUUUCGUUUUGCUAUCUGAAAAAGGGACAUAUUCUAGGAUUUAUAGGGCAGUGCUGUUCUGAAGGACGGAGGAGCAGGAAAGGAAAAUAAGAGAUGGGAUUUUAACGCCUGAUCCACAGAGGCGCAUUUCCGAUGUUUCUAAAACAAGCGCCGCAAUACACUCUCGUGUUUCUGCUGCAACAGACUAACAAGGCUUCCCCUCUGGGAUUUAUGUACUAAACUAAGCUUCUAGUCGGCCUUGCUUGUUUCUAUGUUAGCCCAUGCAGGUUAAUUGUAUUAGAUCGCACAAGGUAUUCACCCCGAGGGGUCAGAGGAAGCCCAGCCCGGCUCCUCUCAGCGACGCGUCGUCCCUAUGUGGGGAAGGGACGAGCGCGGACGGGCCCGGGCCACCUGUUGCCCCUCCUUCUCGGGGAGACGGGUCCACCUCCUCCCCCAGCCUUCCCGCGACCCUAUAGGGGACCAGAGUCUCACGCACGCCUGGCCUGACCCUGCCCAUCCCGCCAGGAGGCGGCGGCUAGGCUUCGAGCGAGCCGCUUUGCAGACACAAUCCGGCCUUCUCAGCAGCGGCUGCUGCUGCUGCUGCUCUUGCAAAGCUGGAAGCUGCUGUUUCACUCGGCUGGUGCUGACUGCGGAGCGGCGUCGGCGGUGCUCCAUCUGUCGCCCCAGCUGCGGCGACCCGGGAGAAGCUUGUGGGCAGGUAGCAGAACGCAGCCCUCUGGCAGCGGGCUGGGAAAAGCUGAGCGGAGGUGCUACGGAGAAGUGGCAUGGGACUAACGUGCCCUUGGACCAGUUCAGUUGCCUGGGGAUCAUGAGCACAAAAGAGAAGAAUUGGGAGAAAUAGAGCUGGGAGCUCUGAGAUUCAUAGAGAAGGAAUGUGAUUUAGAAUCUGUUAACAGCAUUGAAGGAGCUGUGGGGCCCGUCCCUGCCCAUUUAGGACGCCAGCAAAGCAGGACAAGGAGCCAAAUUCACCCCUACCCCUGCAAUCAAACUUGGAAUCACAACGAUUUUUGCCUAGAGUCAGAGAGAGUGGGAAAAUUAAGCACUGAAUAUGAAACCAGUGGUGGUGGCGGAAGAAUUGGGUUGGCAACAGCAAGACUGGGCAGUCAAUGGAGAAAUCAUGGCAGGGUUAGGAGAAAGUUGACCCUGCUGUGGGGACAGGCAAAGUGGAGCACUGGUAUCUGCUGACAUUUUAUGGAUAUCUGCAGGGGAACUGAAACCCCAACAGGGCUGAGGAGGCAGGAGGCACUGUCAAGUCCUCAGAGCGCAAAAGGGAGUAGAAGUGAGGAGAGUUGAGUAGGACAGAAAGCUGUGGUUGUCCCUAAGGAGGUGGAACAGAACAGGGAGAAGUGACUUUAUUGAUUUCUGCUGCAGGAACUUCAGAUCUUUUUAUCAUGGAUGUCAGUGAAGCCUGCAUCUCACUGUUUGUGAUGGCAGUUACAAUGAUGGUCACGGCUGGCUGCAGGCGACUGGUCAAGCAGUCUCAUAAGUCAAAUAUCCUCUGCUUCUUCCUUGAGUUAACCGGCAUCUUCCAGAUCUGUGCCUGUACCCAUGAGAUUUGUCUACUGGCUGAUUUGCCACCCAAACCUCAUGUGGCACUUGCCCUCACUUACGUUAUCACUGCUCUUCAUGGUUUGACUUUGCCUGGCAGCAUCAACAACCCCUCCAGCAGCUUUCAACUUUUCUGCAAGGGUAGGAUCACAGCCAAGACUUGGUGGCUACAGACUUCAGCUCAGUUCACUGGAGCAGUAUUGGCUCAUCUUUACAUCAAAUUAAUCUGGAUGUUGGGGAUGACAUCAGUGCACUUAAAGACAGCAGCGGAGAAUUGUAGUACCCCAAUUCAAACUACCUUAGCAAAAGCUUUUGUCCUAGAACUCCUAUUCUCUUUACUGCUGCAUCUGACCUUACAGACCUUUGAAUCAAUGAAUCCCAACACAAAGGUCCACCUAAUUGCCAUGCUGAUUACCAUUAUGGUAUAUGAAGGUUUGUUAUCCUCUUCCCUCUUUUGUUAUUAUCUCAGGCUGUAAAUAGACUUUGAAUGUUAAGUAUUGCCUUACACAAUUGGUUUUAUACUGCUUAUCUACAUUGGACUUUAUUGCCUCUAAUAAUCUCCUGCAAAAGCACUACCAAGGCUUUGUGCCCACCUAAAGUAGUUCUAUAUCUAAUUUAAAAACUUUUGUCUCCCUUGUGGGAAUGUUGUCUAAAUUGAACCACAGAAUGUCUGCACAUUGCAUAGAACCAGAAGGGUAUUCUUGGAAUACAUUCUUACUAUAUACCAGUGUGCUAGUUACUCCUGUUGGGCUUCAUGGGUGCUAAGUGUGAACUGAGCUUAUGAUGCAAAACCCGUAUAGGACUUUACUGAACAGUGCAUGGAAGGUUCAGUAGUGGUGCACAAGCUGUCCUUCUGAUCAGUUUGCCUGCCAUUACUAAUACUGUCAUUUAAUAUGUUUAAAGCACAUUCAUUUCCUUGAAGAAUUCUGAGCACUGUAGUUUUACCCUUCAGAGUUACAACUCCCAGCAACCCUUAAACUACAGUGCCCACAAUUCUUUGGAAGAGAAAUGUGCUUCAAAUGUGUUUUAAAGGUAUAUUGUGCAUGUAGACUUUUAUCUUUCGUAUGAAUCCAGAGUUGCUAGGAAUGUGCUACUAACUAGACAGUCACAGGAGCCAACUCCUAGGAACCAAUGACUCUCCCCCCCCCCAGUAAAAUAUUUGAGGGGGAUGGGCCUCCCAAAGUUGAUGGGCAUUGCCAUUCAAAUGGUGUGUGUUGUGCUGCGUCAUGUGAUUGAUUAUGUGGGGCAGGUAAGCCCCACAUAUUUUAUUCAAGUGGACAGUCGUAUGCCGAGAGGCCAGGUGUUUUGCUGCAUUGCUUCCUGUGUGCUUGCACAUUUCCCCUAAAAUAAGGACAGAGAUCUCUUACCUCAGGAGAAUGGAGUUUAGCCUAUGACUGUAAUGCUUCCAAGGUAACUGUACAUUUUGCUCCUUCUCCUUGCUUUCAUGCUAUUAUUUCCUUGCAUGAAGCAGACAGUACAUUCUCUUUGGUUGCUUUAGCAUUUUUAUUUGGUUUCAGGUUCUGUUAUUGGCUAGCAGCCUCUUCCCUAACAGGAGAAUGGAGUUUUGGCUUUGGUUGUGACUUUGCCGUUAAAGUUACUUUAAUGGGAAUCUAAAUUGAAUCUAUUUCACCAUGAUUCCAGUUUUAUUUAUAAAUACAACAUUUCAUUAAGAAUAAUUUAUAGUAUUGGAGUACAAUUUGUUUCAUCUAGUCCGGCAUUGUCUACUGAGUAGACUGACUGGCAGUAACCUUACAGUCUGAAAUUGCAGGUUGGGGUCCUGACCCAAGCCUUUCAGGAAUCAGGCAUACAAAAACAGCAGAGGCAAAACACAUCAGCAACACAUGCAGGUGCAUGGUCCUGUGAAAGACCCAAGAACAAUACAAAAUUACAGUGACAUUCUCAAGGAAUUGAUCCAAAAUCCUUAUUUAUACCCUGGGAGACUGCCACUGCUCUGUGCAGCACAUGCAUUUUAAUGUGACAAAGCAUUAAUUGAAGACUGUCAUCUCUCACAACAGACCCAAAGCUGUUUUCUUUCUGGCAGCCACUUUUGCUGAAUCGUUCAGUUUGCUAGAGCCUUUUACUCUCUGUUAUGCAAUGAAUAUGGCAAAAUGAUAGAAAUAAUGAUCUAUGCACUACACAGCUGACUCAGGAGCAGCUGGAAACAAUUUUGUGAUGUACUAGUGAUCAGAAAUAAAGGUGGCUACAGAUUUUAUAUAACAAAAAUGACUCCAGAUCUUCCCUGGAUUGGUGCCAAUAUCAUGAGAGAGCAAUUUUCUAGUUUCAUUGCCGGCUUUGAAAUUUUCUUACUGAGCACUUACAAGUGUUUAACAUCCAUUAUCUCAGUAGCUCCUGCAACAGUCUUGCGAGAAUGGCCAGUAUAUCAGUCUCAUGUUGCAUGCAUGUAUAUUAGCAGCAUGGAGUGGGUUAAAGCUGAGUCUGAGCGAUAGAGGUUUGCCUUAGGCAUUCCCAACUAAAACAAAAUUUGGACCAGUAACUGUCUAGCUUCAUUCUUUGGAGUGUUGGCUUUGGACCUGGGAAAUCAUAGGUCAAAUCCCAUAUUCACUUUAUUAAGGUAGUUUCUAAGGUCAAUUUCCCAUUUAUAAUACAGUGGUACCUCGGGUUACAUACGUGUCAUGUUACAUACGCUUCAGGUUACAGACUCCGCUAACCCAGAAAUAUUACCUCGAGUUAAGAACUUUGCUUCAGGAUGAGAACAGAAAUUGUACAGCGGCGGCACAGCAGCAGCAGGAGGCCCCAUUAGCUAAAGUAGGUGCUUCAGGUUAAGAACAGUUUCAGGUUAAGAACAGACCUCCAGAAUGAAUUAAGUUCUUAACCCGAGGUACCACUGUACAGGUUAAGCAAUUCCAUAUCUCACACAGAUACUAUCUAAGGGUUAAUGAGAGGAUUUGUACAGCAUAGAAGUAUUCUCAUUUAUUAUUAACCUUCUCCAUACAAAGUUCAGAAGUAAAAAAAAAAAAGCAAAUGUUACUGAGGAUAUUGUUAGCAAAACAAAAAGCCAACCUUUGGAAUUUCAGAGAUUCUGCUUCCUUCAGGAGAUGGUUCAGAAACCUCAUGGUAGCUAAUGUAUGCAAGAACUAUUGUCCUGAUCUUGAGGUACUGAUCUGGUUUUGCAGCAUCAGUUUAGUUUAGGCUACUGAACAUUGAAAUACUUCUACCACCCAUGGAAGGUCCUAGGUUCAACUCACAGUUCAUCCAGUUAAGAUAAACAAGGUUGCAGAGAGCACAUAAUACUGGGCUGCAAUACAUGACUGUUUGGACCAGAUAUUGAGUAAUGAUGAAUAUUAGUACUAUUAACAGUAGAUGAUCACACUAUCAGGAAUUUAAUUCUAUCUGACAUUAUGAGUAGAAAGAUAUCCCAUACUAUCAAUUCUAACACUAGACACUAAAAGUUACAGGAAACAAAUCUUUACAGGAAGGAAAUAACUUUCUGCUUUUUCUUUCAUAGGAGGACAUCUCACAGGAGCCAUAUUUAACCCAGCUCUGGCUUUUUCUUUGCACAUAAGUUGUUUCGCUGAGCCUGAGAAAUUUUGGAAUUAUUUAUUGGUAUACUGGGUUGCACCAUGCAUAGGUAAAUAUUUUUAUAUUUUAUUAGGAUGAACUAGUACUCCUAACUAACUACGGAUAUAGAGCAGGCAUAUUCAAAUUCGGCCCGCCAGAUGUUUUGGGCCUACAAUUCCCAUCAUCCUUGACCACUGGUCCUGUUAGCUAGGGAUCAUGGGAGUUGUAGUCCCAAAACAUCUGGAGGGCCGAGUUUGCCUAUGCCUGAUAUGGCCUUCACUAGAAUACAGCUUUGGUUAAGUAUGGCAGCCUCUUAAGUAUGGCAUACUUUUUCUGCCUGCUGCCUGAGAAAACAGCUUCCCAACCCUUGCUUGAGGAAGUCCUAUAGGCACAUCAGUGAUCUGUUGUUAAUAAAUGAUUAACAGCAUGUUUGGUGUUAGAGAAAGGCUGGUCAAUGACCCUACUCUUCCCCGGGAGCCCUUGGAAAUAGUUGGCCAUAUGUAUUGUUUGGGGCUACCAUCUUUUAAAUUAGGGCACAGUGACGUUUGCCUUUAAGUGUGUGAUGAGCAAUUUAAUCAGCUCUGUUGUUGCCAAGACAGUUGUGGAUUGUGUACAUAAGUGGUAAACUGUGUUCACAUAAGACUAUUUAAACAUCACAUAAUUCCCCCUCAUGGGCAGACAUAUGUGAGUAGAUUAGCUUGGUUUCCAGCAUGUGAGUUCAUGUAAAAAAUUAAACAUAACCAUCAGCUAUUUCCAACACACCCUUCAAACUGUUAUGCAAGUGCUCCAAAAUGCCAGCAACAUUUUACUUCCAGAAAGGCUAUUGUUAUCACGGCCGUAUGCACAGACACUUCUGAGGUUCAAUAAUAUAUUUUUACACAAAAGUGGAAGGUUGAUAGCCUGACACCACUCUCCACUGCAUGCUUUCCAGUUUGCCUUCUUCCCUUAUGCAGUCUUCAGACACUACCUUAAAGCAUGUUUAUGUUUUCAUCAUUUCAGGGUCCGUGUUGGUGUUUUUGGUAUGGGAUGAAAUCCUUCCUUUGCUACACAGACAACGGUAAAAUGGUAAAGCAAGGUGAUGUUCAAAAGAUUCUGUUAAAAAUGGAUGUGAAGAGACUGGACAUUAGAAUCACUUUGGCAACUUUCACAUGAUUCUUUGGGGAGUAUCAUUACAGGACUCUACAACACAGUAUUUAUCUGACUUGUCAAAAGCAGAGCCAUGUAUUUCAAAACUGGAAGAAUUUGUUAAUGUAAUGUUGUUGUUUUUUUGAAAAAAUGUCGUCUGCAUCAAAAUAGUUAUAAGAAAAAUAGAGAACACUUCUGGUAACCGGAUGCCUGCUUCACUUCUACUUGUGUAAUUUAGGCAAGCUUCUUUUACAAAAAUUCACCUCACUUGAACCUGCCUCAAGUGACUUACCCUGCACCUUUUAUUAUCCAGCCUCCAUUCCAAUUCAAGCCUGCAUCUACAGCCACAGAAGCGCACUUUAAGGGAAGGAGGGGGAAAACAGUAUCCAAAACUUGACACACUUUCAAUAUUAAGGCAAGGUAAGUAUGAAAAAGGGAGAGGUGGACACAGUACAAAAUGUUUUACUAAGGCUCAUGUCAAGUAGUUGUGGAUCUGUAACAGGGAAACUCCUCUGUAUGCCAGACAAAUAAUUUAAGUUGCUACAAUUUUAAGAUGUCUGUUAGGAAGCAAGCAAUGCUAACCCUAGCCAACAUUCACUGAUACCUGUUUACAAAAGCCAUUUAGAGCACCAUACAUUUAAGGCAUCUCGUGUGCCACGGUAACAGAAUUAAUUGUUCUAAUGGCACAGACUCAGCAGGCAAGGACCAAAAACACAGAAAGCAGGCCGAGGACAGAAAGUUUACGUCUCUUGGUGAUCUCUUUAUAUUUCCAUUUUUUAAGAAUGAAGUUAUUUGGAAAUUAAUGUAGUGCAUCUCUGAUGCUAUGCAUCACAAAAGACAUCCAGACAUUUUUAUCAGUUAAUUGGUUUCACAAAUGUAGCCAGGAUUUUGCGCUUCAGUAAAAACCUUUAAUGAGGAAUUUGCAUAAAAUUCUGGAACGGAACUGAAGGUAGCGAACACUAGGUUUUUGAUUAGCAACACAAAUCUGCUAUAUUAAUUCACAUCCAACGUUUUUAAAAAAAUCAUUUCAGCAGCCAACUUUUGCUGUAUGCUGCUGUUUUGCCUACAAUCAAGAUCCAUGUUUCCCCUUACCCAUGACAGCCUUUCCCCACCAUCCAGUUCUUAAGUCGAUGCUCACAUUUAGGAAUCUUGAAGGACUUAUGUCAAUAAACAAUAUAGUUCUGACCUAUUCCCAGCUCACAGAAGCAUGCUCUAAAAAUCCCACUCAUCUGAAAUGACAGCUGUGAGGAAUACCCUUUUAAAAAAUUAAGUCUAACAAUGUUUGGUGGGAGGGACUGUUAUUCUGGAGGGUCCACUUAUAUGUUGAAAUGAGCUGUUAGCUGAUCUCUAAUCUCAAACGAAAGCUUUGUGAUGAUGUAAGGUGAAGCCUUAGGAAGUAUGGUGGAGUUCUUGUCAAACCUUUACAGAUUUGGUAUUUAUCAGUUUUUCCUGUAAAGUAUUAAACCUCCCUGUUCUGCAAGAACUUGUGAAACUGACACUGUUUGACAGCUGUGCUGUAGAAACAAACUGUGGAAAUAAGGUACCAAGUUGCCUCUAUGGCAAAAGAAAUACAAAAGAUCUCUGUGUCUUCAGUUCUAAGCCCUACAUUAGUUGGCUCAGAACCUGUGACCCUGAAUCUCAGUCCACUGAACUCAUUUGAGUUACACAACCGUAUUGAAUGGAAUUUGGGCACCAUGGAAAUGCUGCCUGGAAAAUAACUGGAGCCUAAUUAAGUAGCUGCUACUUAAGGACAAAAUGUUGACAUCUUUUUGAAAUUUUAGGAAAUGGGUAUAUUUUCUUCACAAUAAAAGAAAAGCCUUUUAUUCUUUC